UGCUCAUGAUCGCCAGCCUCGCAACAAUUGUCGUGCAUAGGUUACGUAUCGACCUGCUAGAUGGACCCGGCAUACCGUUUGGACUUCUAGGAGCAACCUCGUUAUUUAACCAGAUAAGCUUUUUCUGGUCGUCGGCUUUCAUCGGCUCCUCCCGGGCAGGUGGAGGUAAGUUGUGGAUGCCGAAGGUGCUUGUACGAAAUACGUUGACUCAAUGUUCACUUCAACAGCCAACGCAGGAACACCAGAUUACUAGGGCUCGUACUAGUCUCAGGACUGAUCGCCGCCACCGCAGGACCAGCAGUUGCCAUAUUACUUAUUCCGCGGGAGCAUAUCUGGGAUGCGGGCGGAAGCAUAUUCUGGCUCAACGGAACCCACGAUGAUUAUGGGCCUCAUAGAGUGGGAUUAGAACAUUACAUGCCAGAAAUCGAUCUUGGACCUAAUCAAGCAAACUGCACAAGUCGGUACGCAUAUACGAAUCCUCUUUGUCCAGCGGGUGGGUAUCAGGCCCUAAUACACAAAAUAUAUUCUGGCCAGUUUUGGUCUAAUAUCUGCGAUGCGAAGAACUCGCUAUAUACACCAGAAGAUUUCCUAAGUUUGGGCACCACUACUCUGGUCGGAAACCCGGCCUUUAACUUCCAGAUGAAGGAUUAUAUACUGUUUUCGAUUGGAAUGGGACAUGAGGCACUUCAUUCGGCUGCAAUUGCCAUUCACGGACCGGCUGCGUGGGUUGGUGAGACGCUUGGGAAUGAUUGGUACAACGCAUCGUUUAACGCAAAGUAUGAUCUCAGGACUCAAAGCAUGCGUUACAAAUAUUUCGCAACUUCAAAAUCCUUUGUCGACGCACCCGUACCAGCUGUUCGAGUGGUGUGUGGCAUCCCGACACCACUCGAUCGGCUUCAAACCACGGUGAGUUUUCCAGUGACCCUCGAUCACGAACACGCCUCAGAGCUUUUCGAAAAUGGGGGCCCUCUGCCUCGGGCGAUGGAACGUAUGAACAUCCAGGAUGAUAGUAUGCAUCUUCGUUCUUAUACCGAGUUUGUAAGAGUAUUUAGAGUUAGGUUGGCGAACUCAACUUGGACAAACGCUACAAUGGGUUUAUUAGUUGAGUUUCCCUGGUCAAACAGUACCUCCCGAAACGUAUCUGGGUGCGUCUUAGAUCCACGUUGGGUUGAAGGCGGAAUCGUGUACGAGAAGGGCAUGACGCCACAACCCUCAUUGCGACAUAGCAGCGUAAAUAAGACUUCGAUAUACGGGAGGCUUGACCUCUUCAAGCCCACUCCUACGUGGACUCGAAUCGACAUGACUGAAGCCCUUUUUGAUGCUAUCAAUUUUCCCUUACCUAAUACGUUGGCUGCGCCUAUCUUCGGCCUCCCAACUAUGAUCCAGCCCACCAACGCAACAUCCUUAGAGGCUCUAGUUAUAGCGCAUCUUAGCCGGGAUGGCCUUCCUAAAUGGCCUGCUGAGGUUAUGUCGCAUUCACUGGCGAUGCUCUUUGCAGAUGCACUCGCCAGAGUGGGCAGCUGGCGAACGCCUCCCCAAAGUCCACAUCCUGACAGAAGAAGCGAUUGGGCUGCCCAGCUCCUGAAAGGUGACCAUGGCGGAAACGCAUAUACCGACCCACCAAUAGACAGUCGCGGUACGGUCACAUAUUUCAAGAUGAAACAAAUCAUCACUGGCUAUGCAUACAAGGCCAGCGAAAAGACCGACUAUCUUGCCCUAGCCGUAGUAUUUGCGAUCUAUCCAUUGCCCUUUUUCACACCAUCCAGUUAUUAGUGUCAAAAGAGAGCUCAGAAUGUUGGGAUACUUUACCGGAGUUGGUAGCAUUGGCACAACAAUCAGCUCCCUCAAAGAUAGCCCUGAAGAACACAUCAGU